AUGCUCAUACCGCAACCAAGCGGUAGAGACGGCGGUCCUACAAGCCAGAGAAAGAGAUGCAGGGCUACCUCUCACAAGAGUGCCCGCGCAUUCUUCAACCUGCAAAGCAGGAAAGAUAAUUUAGGACCAACCUGGGCAGGCAGCCUCUCCCAAGAGCGCCAAACCCCCAGUCAACCUAUCCUCACUGCAGAGGUGUCCAGGCCGCCUCUCCUAAGAGCGCCCACACCUCUCCACACAACCCUGUUCCUGCAGACCGGUCCCCACCGAGGCCUCACGGGGGCGUCCUGCUUCCACACGCCCUUCUACACCUUCCACUUCAUUUCCCAGAGUAAGUCGUGGUUUGAGGCUCAGCAGUUCUGCAGAGAGCACUACAGCGACCUCGCCACGGUCCGGGACCAGGACGACCUCCUCAGACUCAGACGCCACGGCCCCUUCACCGGCUACGCCUGGAUCGGACUGUUCGACGACCCGGCCGCCUGGACGGACGUCGUGGGCAAUGAGUCCAACUCCUGGAGAUGGUCUGCCACCGGGAACACCAGCAGCAGCCGGUACCAGAACUGGUCACCAGGAGAACCUACAUUUUCUGGAGCAGUGGAAGCGUGUUUGUACUUUCAAUCCGGGCAGUGGCUCGACGGAAACUGUGCGGUUCCUCUUUACUUCGUUUGUUUCAGCGGUUUCCCUCGUCCCGGCUUCAAAAACUUCACGUUUGUUGCGAUUGCCAAGACAUGGGCGGAGUCUCGGAGCUACUGUCGACAGCACCACACAGACCUGGCCAUGAUCCAAGACCAGAGCGAGAACUCUGCGGUCUUAGCCAUCUCGUCCACGUACCAGGUGUGGGUGGGUCUGUACCGAGAGCCCUGGAGGUGGUCCGACGGCAGCACCAGCUCCUUCACCAACUGGAUGAACGUCCAACCAGGAAACUCCCGGGGAAUCGAGCACUGUGUCCUGAAAAACAUAUACCAUCAGUGGAACGAUGGUGUUUGUUCUCAAACUUAUCCCUUCUUCUGUCAGAGAGGUGAAACCAGAACAUACAACUAG